AUGUCAAAGAGAAGUAGAACUAAAUUACGAAAGAGAAAUGUCGGUCUAAAGAAAAAGCCAAUUUUAGAUUGGCAGGAAAGAAGGCGUCAGAUCAGUGAUGCUUUAUCAAAAAAGGAUGUUUCAGAACUUCGAAUAUUGGCAACCACAGGUCCUGGGUUGGUUGAUGAUGGGUUACGACGACUAUGCUGGCCAUUACUUUUACAUUUUGAUCAUUACAAGGACAAAAACAAACCUCAAGAGGUACAUAAUGACGAACAUCAAGUUCUACUUGAUGUCGAACGAUCAUGUGUUUACUUUCCUCAGGGGUUAAAUCAUGUUCAAAAAAAAAAGAAGCAAUCUGAACUGAAUGAUGUUAUCGUAGGAAUUUUACGGAGACAUCCCAAACUAUCAUAUUAUCAGGGAUUUCAUGAUAUUUGUUUAUGCCUUCUAAUUUUAUUGGGGAAGAAUGAUGCUAUUAAAGCAGGAGAAAAUAUUGCGAUGUUUUUAUUAAGAUAUCCUUUUACAUCUAUUAGAUUGUUCUACCCUAUUUUAAGACAACUUAAUCUCUUGAAUACUUUGAUAUGUUUGGAAGACUCAGAAAUUGCAAAUUUUCUUGAGGAAUCAAAUACGUUACCAUAUUUUUGUCUCAGUUGGGUCAUUACUUGGUGUAGUCAUGAUAUUCAUGAUUAUUCAAAAGUCAUUCGUUUAUUCGAUUUUUUUAUUGCAUCGGAUCCUUUAAUUACAAUCUAUCUAGCUGCUAGGGUUAUCAUCAGCCGUCGUAAGGAGUUAUUAACAUUAGAAAGCGAUAGUGCAACUGUUCAUACAUUCCUUUCUAAAUUCCCUCAACAUAUUAAUAUUGAUGGAUUGAUUUCAGAAACCAUUCAACUAUAUCAUAAGCAUCCACCGCAUAAACUUCAAAAGGAAUCCAAUGAAGAAUUGGAUGAAAAAUCUUGUGUGAAUUUAUACGAAAAGCAUUGGCUAGAAUUAAAAGCUGACUAUUCAGUUGUGGAUAAAAUUCUUUCUAAUCCACCUUCAGUUAAAAAACCUGUAAACAAUUCGAAGAAAUCAAAUUCAAACAAAAAACAACCUAUAAUAUUUGCAGUUGCAGUAACAGUAAUUGCUAUUAUAAUAACUUCCAAUUGGUUAUGGAGAUCAACAUUAACAGAUACCUUAAAAUUUAUUAAUGGAUAA